AACGUAUCACUUGCGCCAACUCAAUAUGUAUAAAUAAAAUUAAAUAGAAAUUUUACUGUCUUCUUAAAUUUAAAGCUUUCAAAAUCAUAAAUUUAAAUCAGACUAAUUCCACACAAAUUUAAAAAUAAUGUAGCUACAACAAAAAAUAUAAUUAAGAACAAAAUAUGGCAAAGCUGUCAUUUUCGUAUAUAAAUGAACUCUGCGAAACGUCUCCCUUUUAUAACCUCAAAAAUGCGCGAGAUGCAUCAAACUCCAAUGGUGAAGUGAGCUUUUUCUUAUAAUUAACUAGUGCUAAAGUGAACGGAUUACCACAAUGCCAUCGAAAAAGAGAAAAUACAACGCCCGGUUUCCCGCCGGGCGAAUUAAGAAGAUAAUGCAGACGGACGAGGAGGUCGGGAAAGUGGCCCAGGCCGUGCCAAUCAUAAUUUCUCGGACACUGGAGCUGUUCGUGGAGUCUCUCCUCAGCAAAGCCCUACAAGUGACGACCGCGAGGAACGCCAAGACCCUCAGCCCUUCACACGUCAAGCAGUGUAUCUUGGCCGAAUCUCGCUUCGACUUCCUCAAGGACUUGGUCGCAAACAUACCAGAUGUGUCGGCGGCAGAAGAGAAAGAAAUGAUGAGCGCCGAGGACUCCCCAAAUUCAUCUAGAUUUUCAGACUCAGCUCCUCGCCGAUUAGCCAGAGAAGACUCCAAUAGCUCCAGCAGCAGUGAAGUCCGACCACGGAUCCAAAGAGAAAUGCCUCGCAGCAUCUCCUUAGACCCCGAAAUACAUAGGCAUAGGCACGAACCCACCUCCACUAUAGUCUCCACAGAUACAGUCAUGGAUUUAUCAAAAAAGUCAACAGAACCAAAAGUUCGUGCAAACUUUUACCAAGAAACCCUUCCUGAUGAGGUACAGCAAACUAGUGUCAUAACCCCCAACCCAACUUACGCGCAACCCUCAACCUCAAACUUCGUCCCAAAAGUCGACGUGCCAAAGCCAACGAAAUUCUACGUAGAUGUACCAAUACAGAACAAUAACACGCCUGUGACACCAAUAUUAAACAUAGACUUUUCAAAAAGCUUAGCCGCCCCCGAGAUAAAAGUUUUAAGCCCCGCUUUAGAAAAACCGAGAUUACAAAAACAAAAUUCAAAACCAUAUAAGGAGGUUAAGGAAGUUAAGAAGUUCAAACCUACGCCGCAUAUUGACAUAGAUUUGACGGGAAAUCUACAGAUCGAUGAAGACUAUGAUACCUGAAUACGUUUGUAAGUUUUGUUUUUGUAUUUUGUAAGUGCUGUUUGCUAUGCAAUGGGGUUUUUCAAGCUGUAUAAAAAACAUUUUAUUUUGACGUUUUUGUUAAAAAGUUAUUGCAAGAUUUAUUGCUUUCAAAACACAAUUAUUAUGGUGGGAGAUUACUCCCGUGUAUCACGGGUUUCUUUAGUUGUUCAAUACUUAAACUAUAAAAUGUCCAAUAAAUUCUCAAUAUUUAAAGUCCGUGACACUUCAAUAAGUUUAUUUAGACUUAAAUCGAACGGGAUAUAAACCGUGAUUACCUUUUAUAUUGUUUCUGAGCUCCCGAUAUUUCGACGCAGUUACAUGCAUCUUGUUCAAUCGAUCGAUUGAUUGUCCGGUCGGUUUAAGUCUAGUGAAACUAAGCGUGAAUCAUUCAAUAUGUUUAUUACUUUAAAAUAGAAGACUCCCAUGAGAUUCUGUCAUAUUAUUGUCUGAAUACACAUCGCGCUGUAGUCGUGGCUGAUGAAGGACCUCCAAACGGAUCGAAACACGUGAGUGAACGUUUAUAAAUAUUCAUUGUAUGUUGAACUUUAUUUAUAAGGGAUUAAAGUUAUGGAUAUUUAUUUCGCUGUCUAAAAAGCCUCAUUGGCUAACAGGUAGAUGUAAUAUGUUAUGUUGUGUUGUGUUGUUUACCAUUGUGUGUGGUAUGUUUUAGUCGCUACAUCGAUAUUGGUUCGUUCUGAUUUUCUCAAUCUUGUCGCCUAGUCAAUAAGAUUGAAAAUAAAAAACAAUAUUGACACAGUCACGCCUUUUGACAUUACGUGUCUUAUAUUGUUUUAAACGAGUCAUGAUAGUUUUUAAAUUCAACUGUUUUCUUUUUUCGAAAGCGCGAUGAACUAAUGAUCCAUUCAGAACAACGCCAUCUAUCGUUACCAGAGUUAACUGUCUAGCUUUCCGACUUCGACACUAGAUGUCACUAGUGGUCUCCAAAUUUAUUCUGACGUCACACGCGAAUUUGAAAAAGGGAACAGUUGAUUUUAGUCCUUGAUUUGCGCAGAUAACUGCAUGAAAUUUAAUUACCAGUGAACAGUAACGACAUUUUCCUGAUCUGUUUAUUUGUAAAAAAAAUCCUUUCCCUGGUUAUUUGCACCGGUUAUCUGCGUGAAACAAGAUUUUAGGUAAUUAAGAUAAUUAUGUAAAUUUGACAUUAAAUCUGACUUACACUAGUAAGUUGGAAUGAGAGACAAAUACUUUUGACUCUUACGCAAUGACUUACAAAAUGUAAGUCGGUCCUAGAAAUUAUAGAUAAGAUUUUUCUAGUUCGCGUGGCUGCAAAGAGUUGACAAUUGUUUUGUUAUUAUGAAGUCUAACCUUUAAAUUAAGAUUAGCGAUCUUAUUUAAAUAAUUAUCAAAGAAUAAAAACGUUUGCUGGCAAAACUGUUUUAAUUUUAUAAAUUAAUUGACGCUACCGAUGCUUGUCGAUAAAGAUUCUCUUGAAGGUUUUUAUUCUUUGAUCUUGAUACGUUUAUGUGGUUUUAUUAUUGUAAACCAAAGUUUCAUGUGUAUAUUACAAAUGAGUGUCAGAUAUUUUUGGUGCGUUGUUUCACCCGCUACUAUUGAUGCUGACUGUACGGUCCGAGGCCUGGGCUAUAACCGCGUAAAUCGAAGUUCGCAAAUUGCGGGCAUCUUUCUCUGUUACUCUAAUUACGCCUUCAUUGGAGUUGAGAAAAACGUCCGCAAUUCAAGAAUUUCGGAUUACGCGGUAGGCCCCCUGUUCGAUCGAGUGACAGGUUUGCCGUACGUGCGUUAAGGACGCAGCUAUGAGUGAAAGCGAGAGAGAUAAGCUGACCGGCCCAAGGUCGUGAUCCGGUACGUCCGUCUGUUAGUGCUUUAAAGAACUCCAUUUACGUUGCAAGAAAUAACAUGCGAUUUUUGAGAAUUGCCGGUUAAGCUAGUUCAAUUGAUCGAUCAAAUGCUGGAAAGUAACACAAAUCGCACUGUAUUAUCGGCGAUGUCAGUGGAGGCGUAAAGGCCAGUCCAGAUGGGAACAAUGUUUCGACAAUCUGAUUAAAUUGUCUGAUCAAAUCAGGUUGUGCGGACGCCUACGCUAAUUUGGUUCGCCAAUUUCGGCCGCCGAUUAUGACCGAUAUUACCGAUAAAAUGGAGAUGCGGAUGCAAGAAUACCAAUCUGUGAUGCUAGUUAUUCGCCUUUGAGUUUAUUUUUUAAUUCGGAGCGCUCAAAAUUACCAUAAAUCUAAAUUUGGUGAUUACAUUGGAAAUCGACGCCAAUUUGUUUUCUGAUCAAAUCGGUCGAUUUCAUCAUUCCGUCAGGACUGGCCUUAAAGAAUCUAUAAACGAUGCAACAAAUGGCAUGCGUUUUUAAAUAAUUGCUGAUUAAGUAAGAGCAACGAAUUUAAUCGAAACGCGAAUCUUAUGCGUUUACCGCUGACGUUUGGAGAGACCAUUAAUGUAUAAGUGCGUUCUGUACGUUUGUCGCCAUCAUGAAUGAAGCGUUUCAAUCUUUUUUAGAAACAAAAACGAAAGGACUAUGCGUCAAAAUGAUUAAAAAACCAACAGAGUUGAGAAUUAAGUCAUUAGAUAGGGAGCGUGCAUGAACUGUAGGAGGCAGCACAGGAGCCGUCAGAUUUUUGGCGCGAGACGUAAAUGUGAUUUUAAUUGUUCCGAUGUAGCCCACAAGAUGGCAGAACCUACUAUGCACAAGAAAACACGUUACGUGUAAAUGUACAUGUUUAUGGUUCCGAUUCAGGCCACAAGAUGGCAGACCCUCCAACGCGCACGCUCCCUAUAGGUAUUUCUAUGUACGGUCGUUCGGUCGGUGUAUGGUCGUUCUAUGGUCACCCAAGUGGAAAAUGUCAUCACCCUUAUUACCUAGGUAAUGGAGUCCACCGCUGGGCGAGCGCGGCGAAUAGAUUGCCCCGCUUGCAGCGGUGCGCGAACAUCUACCUUGCAGCAAUUAAUUUACUUACUUGUUCUCUAUUGCCUAGGUAAUAAGAGUGAUGACAUUUUGACUAAAAUACAAAUAUUUCAGUUCUGCGAUUGAAUUCCGGUUGGUGUCUGUAGAACGAAAUGAAGUACAUAGAAAUACCGAUCUAAUGACCUUACUCUCAUUUCUAUUGGUUUUUGGAUCAGGCUCCAUACAAAGUUGCCCAUAGUCCUUUUAUCUAAUCAAUUCAGAACAGUCAUAUGUUAUGUUUAUGAAAAUGUUAUUUCAACUGAAAAGGACUUAAUUGUGUACUUGUAUUUAAUUAAUUUUCCUUCAGGAUAUAUUGGAAGUAGGUGCGGUUGCCAUCAGAUAUAACGGAGUGGCCACGGGACUCACUUUAAGGCCCCGUAAAUUCGUCUUCUUCGCUGAUUCUCACUGAGCGUAAGCGAGAGGGAUGCGCGUGCUCGGGACCGUGGUAGUCAUGUUAUUGAAUUUUAAUUUGUUAUAAGUUUUAACAAAAAACCGGGCAAGUGCGAGUCGGACUCGUGCACGAAGGGUUCCGUACCAUUAUUUAUAAAAAACGGCAAAAAAAAAAUGUUUUUUGUAUGGGAGCCCCCCUUAAAUAUUUAUUUUAUUCUGUUUUUAGUAUUUGUUGUUAUAGCGGCAACAGAAAUACAUCAUCUGUGAAAAUUUCAACUGUCUAACUAUCACGGUUCAUGAGAUACAGCCUGGUGACAGACGGACGGACAGCAAAGUCUCAGUAAUAGGGUCCCGUUUGACCCUUUGGGUACGGAACCCUAAUAAUCGAUGAGUCCCCUCAAAAAUAAAAUGGCGCAUAUUUAGAAGCAAUUUGGAUAUUUUUAACUUUUGUACAUAAAUUGUGACAAAUUUUAAAGUGCGUUUUAGACCUAUGUUCGUGAUUGUUUUGUAUCAAGCGAAAGUGUAAUUAACCAGGAUUCGAAUCCAUGGGUAUAGACAGGUAAAAUUUAUGGCCUCUGCCCCCCUUCGGCCCCCGGUGAUAUCAACUUGCCCCCCCCCCCCCCCCACUUCACUGAAUGACUACGCCCUUGUUUGAAUCGAUUGUCACUAGAGAAAAUUCUGAAGAUUCCAUGAUUAUGGCAACUGUAUUGUGAAUAUUGUGAUUUAAAAAAACGAUUUUUCAAUAACUCCCGUCUCUAAAGCUACGGCACCUUAACGUUUUGAUAGUAGAGGCUUUGAUCAGAUAUUUAUGAACACCUUGGCCGCUCCGAUAUAUCUGAAGGCGUCUGUAACUCCAUGCUUGUGAUCUUUGUCCCUUUUGAUUGUAAUAAUGUGCUAAAAUGGUGAAAAACAACACUAGUUUAAAUGAAACGGUCACUUUGUGUGUAAAUUUCUAUAAUGAGGUGACCCUUUUUUACUGAUUUGAGUGUAUAAUGUAAUAUGGUAUUAUGCAAAUGAUUGUGACAUUAAAAGAGUCAAAAAAAAUUCAGUUCAGCUUUUUCCCAAGUUGAUGUUUUUUGUGAACUAUGAAUUGUAUUGUUUUUAUAUGUAGUAAGUAAUAUAUGUGUAUGAAAUGUAGGUAAAAAAUACUUUGCUGAAUGUCAAUUAAAUUGAGAUUUAUAUAAUUAUGAAGAAAAUGUAUGUGCUUUGUAGUUUGUAACAUAAAUUGGAACCUUAAAGCACUUUUAAGGUCAGUUUUGGCCUUAGCCUUGCCUGUUUCUUUUUUUCUUAUUGAUAUAUUUUUCUAUAACUCCAUCGAAAAGAAAUUGAGCCUCUUGGCCAUUUACUAUCUGUAUCUUUAGGUAUUUAAAUAAAAGUAAACAACCAAUUUGUACAUUUUCGGGUAGUUAAAACAUUCAUUGGUUAACCAACCAUUGACAUAUAUCUAAGGACGGGCCAAGAAUGGUGCUAGUUCAGCGGUGUCACUCACGAAUUCGACCUAAUCGUGCAGUCUAACGCAACUAGUUGCGACUUACGACCAAUCGCGCGCAUGAUGGGAAUUGGGAACUCGCGUUGUGGCGUUAGACUUCACGAUUGGCUUGAAUUCGUGACAUCGCUGUACUGGCCCCAUUCUUAUUGCCCGUAAGGCUAUGUAACCAACCAAAUACGAAACCGCCUGGAUCUGUCACUAACCGACCUAAAUUUAACCUACAUUAUUUAAUCUUGUAUAGGUAAAAAACUUAAGUAAGUCACCUGUUGUAUGUAGUUGUGACGUGUUCGAAUAGACAAUACAUGUUUAAAAGACACACACAAACAAAACAAAUGUCUAUUCGAACACGUCACAACUACAUACAACAGGUGACUUACUUAAGUUUUUUACCUAUAAUGUUUUAAUCUACCCUCAACUGAUUUAAGGAGCCAUUUGAGGGUAGAAUUUGUUUACUUUUAUUUAAAUACCAGUCAGAGUAUAAACAAUUUCCAUAAUUAUAUAGCUGUCCCGCUCGCACAUUGGCAUUUACCGACAUCAUCGAAGGGACAGCAAUAUAAUUGCGCGUGCGAUAGAAAAAGAAACAGGCGGGUCAAUGUGCGAAAUUAUUCGUGCUUAGCAUCCUUACUUUAGUGAUGGUCAAAGUUGACAAAUACAGUGUGCUUCACGAAGAACCCGAAAGUUUUUAAUAGUGUAUUCCUGAUCAUAUUUCAAGACCAACUGCUUAAACUUUAUUUGUGAGGGAUUGUUAGGGAAUAUAUGAGUAAAAGAAACUAGCUCAUUCAAUAUUACUAACAAAUUUAUUCGAACAGCAAAAAAAGUAACCGGAUACAGCUUUGGAGCGCUUUAGGGCCUCCAAUACUUAAAUUACUGUAGUAAAAUGGCACUCGCCUAUUUUAAGUGACAGGUUUACUAAUAACAUUUGAUUUUUAUGUACAAAUGCAGGAAAAACAACGAAAAAAACCAAAAUUUUUUUUUGGCAAAAUUGACCUAAACUCGUCAAACAUUCUUUUGGCCUCAGAAAUGCGUGGUUAAAAUCUUUCGGGUUUUUCGUGGAACACCGUGUAUAUCAGAAUCAGAACACAUGCUGAUUUCUAUGGUAACUAAGACAAGUUACGAUAUAUUUGACCACUGACCGUCACUAUCUAUUUGAUGUUGACUGCACAUGUUAUACCUAAAGCAGAAAAGGAUUAAAUUACGCUGAAUAUGUAUAUAAUAUAGUAUUGUAUACUAUUUUUGUACCUAAAUAUCUGUUUUAUGCAUUGACAUAUAUCUAAGGACGGGCCUUACGGCAGUAAGAAUAAGGCCAGUACAGCGGUGUCACGCCCACGAAUUCGAGCCAAUCGUGCAGUCUAACGCCACAAUGCGAUUGAUGGACGAGUUUGCAUCACGCGCGCGAUUGGUCGCAACUAGCUGCGUUAGACUGCACGAUUGGCGCGAAUUCGUGAAUGACACCACUGAACUAGCACCAUUCUUAGUGCCCGUAAGGCCCGUCCUUAAAUAUAUAUCAAUGGUUUUAUGUCACUGUACAAAUGAUCACGCAAGAAAUAAGUCAUAUUGAAGUUUGAUGAUAAUCGUAUGUGUGUUAGUACAGUCAGAGACGUGUAAACGGCAAAGACUGCUAAUAUCAGUCUAAAGUUGUGUUUUGUGGUCAUCGAAAUUAACUGCCUCGUUUGCAUAACAUGAAACCUUAUGUUAUGUAACUAGAAUGGACCCAACAUUGAAACCGCGAUAAAUUUCUUUCAAAAAUAUUAGUGUCCCUCUCAAUUUCGACUCUUUAUUGUCAUUGUCAGACAUGUCAGGAAUUGUGCAAACUGACAGAUUGCUUUAUUCACGAUUUAGUGAAAAGUAAACAUAUACAAAAAAAUAUACUACUUGCACAGCCUUGAAUAGUAUAAAGUGAGGAAGUGACGUCAUAUUUUGAUAUAAAUUUGACAUAAACAACACAGUCACACUAUGUAAUUGCAGAUGCCAUGCAGAGUUAGAUUGGUCCAACUCUAGAUGGCCCGGUAUGGAAAGAUCUUGCAAGUACCUACCGAAAAAUAUGUUUUUGACGUUAAAUGCUAUACAAUUAAAUUUAAAAAGAGUGACCCAGGAGAAUUUAACCAUGGCAACGAGUGACAUGAAAAAGUUGAUUCGCCUUCACCUAAUACAUAAAAUUAGCAGUCUUUAUUAUUUGCAUGUCUUUGAUAUAACGUAAGUGACUGGGGUUUUCCGAGUCAGAGCUAUCAUGUUGGUAUCCAUGGAUACUUAUGGCUAACUACCCUAUUUAUGACACCUCGCCUGUGGUUGGCACCUUUACAAGUAUUAUAGUACAAAGAGUGGGGAAGUAGAUUAUCUUCAUACAAACGCACCGCGCGCGGCUUGUAUGUGUGCGCCAUAGUAUCCAUGCGUCGCUGCACCCACACUCAAACAAAAUGUCGACCCGUUUCUCAGUGCGCCAGCCGGGGCUUUUGUUUGAAUGUGCGUGCGGCAAUGUAAAGAUACUAUGGCGCACACAUACAAGCAGCGCGCGCUGCGUUUGUAUGAAGAUAACCUCUACUUCCCCACUCUUUGUACUAUGCCUUUACCUUAUAAAUUUUAAGCCAUCAGUGGUUACUUUCCUACAAAAAUAGGUGCCAAUGCCUGGUUUUAGUGCCAAUUAUUGGGAAGUAGUUAGCAUAUAUAUAUGUUUGUAAUUUUAUUUAUGCGUUUAGAGCAUUUAAUAACCGGAGACGCCUUUAAGAGUUCACCCCUCUGCCGAAACCUUGCCCAAUGGUCAUACUUAUUGUAUGGACUGACAUGGCUAUUCACGUAAAAAUCGGCAGACUUUUGUACAGAAAAUUACAGACAAGGCGUCUCCAAUUACUAAAUGCUCUAAGACUAAGGUUUAGAGAGAAUACAUCGGUAGUGGUUUGUUUCCUUAGGGAGCCAGUUACCAGUGACACUGAUGAGUUAUUUAAUUUUUAACCGUUUUGUUAAGGAUUUUAAGUUGAUUUUUCCAUAACCGAUGUAAGUAAGACUGUGAGACUCGAAAGCAAUAAUGUCUAACCCCCUCAUUCAUAAACGUCUCCUUAAGUUAAGAAGCCGCUAAUUAUCGUUUGUCCCUUUCUAUAAUACCAAUACGUCGGAAAGGGACAAACGAUUAUUAGCGGCUUGUCAACUUUAGUAUACGUUUAUGAAUAAGGGGGUUAAUGUAUAUGUAUAGUAAAAUGUUAGAAUUAUGUGUACAACGCUGCAUUGUAUGUUUUUAUGUUGUAAAUUAUGAUAGAAAUACAGUUUGGUGAUACGUAA